ACUAAGACUUUUUUAGACCUACAUUCUAGAUUUACUCUAGUUUACACAAACAUGUCAAAAAUUGCACAGACACAGAAAGAUUGCAUGUGUAAAGACCCAAUUAUACAGUUAAUUAGCAAAAAAAAAAGUUAUUUUGGGGUUUAGUUACUCUAAAGAAAGACCCAGGACACGCCUGAGAGCCUAUGUCUCUUGGCUAGCCAGGGAACGCCUUAGGAUUCCUCCGUAGUAGCUGCCCAAAGGCUGGGGAGAGGGAAAUCUGGACCUCCUUGCUAGCCUAAUUUAUACUUCUCCUUCUGUGUUGGGGCGGAGACACACAACGCCAUUAUACGUUGACGCAAGAGCCCUCUGACGUGCUCACAGAGGAAGACGGAGACAUGCCCACAUUUUUAAAAAUCCGUCAAAAGAGACGGAGAACCUGAGCUUGUUAUUGGUCAGGACACUGCUUCCUGUAAAUUCGCCAACAGCACCGUCUUUGCUAGCCUGGCAAGCCAGACUAAAUAAAUGUAUUUUUUAGUCUGGCCACGCUCCAUUGACGGUUCUCGGUUGUGGGGCGGGUUCUACCAUUGUCUUUCAAAUGAUCUCCGCAUUCCACUGGACAAUGAAUGUGACAUACUCUUGUUUCACUCUGUUGCAUCAUCCCACCCACCAGGCAUAUAGAGUGCCCUGAUUGGCCCACAAAGCGGAUAAAGCUCUGUGAUUUGUUCACUAAGCAGAUAGAGCACUAUGAUUGGCCCACCAUUAUGGACCAAUCACAGCUCUUUAUGUGUUUGAAACCCCUCUAGAGAGCUGUGAUUGGCUAGCCAGAGUCCUGGUAGGAGCUGCGGAGGUUCCAAUGGAGCAUGCCUAGACACAAACUUUGCAAAGCAAGAAUUUGGUCUAGUUCACUAGGCUACGCCUUUGCCACUUCAGUAAAGAGAUAUUUAGUGGUAGACACGGAACAGAUUGAAGAAUGUAUUACGGAAAAAGUAUGAAAAUAUGAAAUAAAAACUUUUAACAACAUGGUGCUGCAGUGUCAAAAGUUCUAGGUAAACUUUAUUAUUUCCUGUCAUAGGCCAGGGUGACGUUAAAUUAUGUUAAAUUCAACUUUAUCCUUCUGAGACCUGAAUUUAUAUUUGGUGUGAUUUAAAAUAAAUUAGUCAACUCAUAAAUGUGAGCAAAAUAUUACUUAGGUAAAAUUUAUGUAAAUAAAAAUGUUGACAAAUUUCCGAGAAAAAAUAAAAAUGUUUAAACUUGGAAGUCAGUAUCAAUAGCUGUGGGGGUUAAAGCAACACUUGCACCGGGGCCAUACUCAAAGUUGUUACGCCACUGUGUGGAAACAAAGCAUUUAAUUUGUUUACAUUUUAGUAUCUCGUGACAAAUACUUUUAUUCUGAAGUCUGAAAUAUUCAACUUCCUGUCUUUUUCCGUCUGCCUGACGACAUCUUUACAUAAUCAGGCAGCACUGUUUUCCAUGCGGAUGUCGACCCCAGCGAGAUUAGAGGUAGUGAUGUGUCUGACGUGCGAGGCGGAGGGAUCUGCGUCACUACAAAGACGUCGUUGAUUAGAAGAUCCCAUUACAGGGACUCACGUUUUAAAAUGGUCGUAACAAAAGCGUAAAAAGCGAUAGGCCAGCUACCAAAAACAACAUCGACAUAUUUUCUAAAAAUCCAAGCUGGUUGUUUCUAGUUACUUUUAGUGGAUUUGCUGACGGCUCGCGUGAGAAAUGGAGAAGAAAAGGUGGGAUUGCACUGCUCUCCCCAAAGGCUGGAAAAUGGAAGAAGUGACCAGAAAGUCGGGUUUGUCAGCCGGGAAGAGCGAUGUCUAUUAUUUUAGCAGAGGAGAAGAGCCAGAUGAGGAGCAGAGGCAAGAGAGGGGGGAGGCGGGUCGGUUGUAUAGUCUGUGUCCAUCUGGGAAGAAGUUUCGGAGCAAGCCUCAGCUGGCCCGUUACCUCGGUAACCAGAUGGACCUCAGCUCUUUUGAUUUUCGCACGGGUAAGAUGCUGAUGAGCAAGCUGAACAAGAAUCGUCAGAGGUUACGAUACGACAACAACAACCAGAACAAGGGCAAACCUGAUCUGAACACAUCACUUCCAGUCAGGCAGACAGCCUCCAUUUUUAAGCAGCCGGUUACCAAGGUUACCAACCAUCCAAACAACAAAGUGAAGACAGACCCUCAGAAGGCUGUUGAUCAGCCCCGACAGCUGUUUUGGGAGAAGAAACUCGGUGGUCUCAAUGCUUACGACAUCGCAGAGGAGCUGGUUAAAACGAUGGAGCUGCCUAAAGGUUUGCAAGGCGUUGGUCCGGGCUGCACGGACAAAACUCUCUUGUCGGCCAUCGCCAGCGCUCUCCACACCAGCGCCGCUCCCAUCACCGGGCAGCUUUCCGCCGCUGUAGAGAAGAAUCCCGGAGUGUGGCUCAACACUGCUCAGCCGCUGUGCAAAGCCUUCAUCGUCACGGACGAGGACAUCAGGAAACAGGAGGAGCUGGUGUACAGUGUGAGGAAAAGGCUGGAGGAGGCGCUCAUGGCCGACAUGCUGGCCCAUGUUGAGGAGGCGAGCAGCGAUGGGGAGCCUCUGAAGGAGGAGGGCAACGGCAGUGAAGACAUGGAGAGCGUAUAGCACAGGUUUUCAUAAAGUUAGGACAAACUGCCCCCCCACCUCCGGUUUCACAGCUGUUACAUCAUCACCUCCCCUCAGUGGGACUCCAUGACUGUUUUUAUGAGCCCAGAUAGUUUUUGAUGAGACUUCAAUGAUAGAACAAAAAAAAAGAUAUAAAAGAAAUUUAUUUACAUCAUGUCAAGUUCAGUGAUUCAAUGUGGGUUUUUUUUACUAAAAGCCUUUUUUUUUUUUUUUUUGAUGACAGUCGUGUCAAGUUCAAAUGUUUCUCGUCAGCGGAAGAGUCGUGUGAUUUCGGGCCGAUCCGGGGGGAUUGUUUUCGGGAAUUUUGAGUCCACGAUCAAUCACUACUACAUAUUUUUUUCCUGGGAGAAUCGGUACGUUUGUGGAAGCGGAUUUAAAAUAAUGUGACUUACUCAUAUGAUUGUGUAUUUGUUAUUUCAAGGCAUCAUUUUACAAAAUUUGUGCUCAGUAUUGAUGUAGAAGUUGAGUUUAGAGUUUCUCCCUUCUAGGUGCUGACGGAUGCUCUUGAUUUUUAUUUUGAUGUAUUAUUUCUACACAUGCUGCCUCCUUUAAAACCCAUGCACAAAACUGGUGAUUUAUGAUCCUUUAUUGUUCAAGGAAUAACUUUAUUUAUAUCCUUGUUGGAUACGUCCAGUUAAAACCAUGAAAAAAUGAUUGUUAAUUAUUAAAGUGUGUCAUAAAGUC